AGGCACGUCUGGGACUGCUACACCUAGAAGCACUGCUUCAACGCAACUCCCACUGCGAAUGAGAUCGGGCUCUGCUGGGGGCUGUAAAUAAGGUCACGUGAUGCUAAAUGCGACGCUCGGUUCCCCGGCAUAACUGGCCACUGCCAGGCGUCAGCCAGCGCACCACAAACCUGCGCCAUGUCACGAGAGCUCCACAGAGCUUCGUGGCUGAAGCACCGCCUAUUUCUUAAGAAACACAAGUAACCAGGCACGGCCACUAGGAUGAUGCAACAGGACCCGACCUAUACAGAGCUGUGCAGUUCUGUGACCCUGCAGUCCAAGGAGGAGGGCUUCUUCCUCGACUUCGCUCACCAAGUGACCGACACUGUGGGCCCAGAAUGGAUUGCCAAAAAGUUCGCGGGGCUCAAGACGGACGAAGAGCGGCUGAAAACUUGUCACGAACUGGGUGACUGCGUGCAUGGCGUUUUGCAGAACGUGCAGGAGCUCUACCGCAGAAAGAACGCGCCAUUAUCCUUUCAGAAGAGGCAGGACGCGGAACGGUACCUGGAGGCGGGUAAACCCAGGGAAGCGCUGGUGCUAUGUAACCACGCCAUAAUGCGCGCGCCACCCACAGGGGCAGAUCCGGGAGUGGACGGAGGUCUGAGCCUUGCCCUGGGUAUGGCGACGCGCUCCGAGUGCCUCUUGCAGCUGGAAGAGAACGAGGCAUGUCUCUCUGACAUUCAACUCGCCAUUCGAGAGGGCUUCCCCCCUCACCGCAGAUAUGAACUGUACUGGCGAAUGGGGCGAUGCUACCGAGGGCUGGGUCAGAUCCCAAAAGCCCGGGUGUCCCUACAACUGGCACUAACGCUCCUGGAAGAAAACAAGGAUCAGCUCGGACCACUGGAGACGAUUGCUUCGUCUGUACGGCUGCAGAAUGAAGUUUCGCAGCUGGAGAUGGAGCAGGCACCCCUGCAACUGGAGGAACCACCCUCAAAAGGACCCACUGUACCCAGUGUUAGGCAUGGGAAGAACCCCAACAUGCCUGCUGCAUCUCGCCUAGUGACAAUUGCCUGCAGCCCCGAGCAGGGACGGUACGCUGUAGCCGCAGGUCGCAUUGUCACUGGGGACACAGUUGUGGUGGAACCGCCAUAUGCAGCCUGCCUCUUGCCAGACAUGUUCGGAACACACUGCCAUAACUGCUUUGUCAGGUUACUGGCACCAGUGGGCUGUCCAGAGUGCAGUGGUGUGGCUUUCUGUAGUGUGAGAUGCAGGGAUCAGGCUACUAGCUCUUACCACUGCUAUGAGUGUCACUACAUGGAUCUUCUGGUGGGCUCUGGCAUGAGCAUUCUGUGCCAUCUUGCACUUAGGAUGGUAACACAGUCUGGACUACAGCACUUCUUGGACAUCAAGGAUACCCUGCAUGAGUCCUUUUCACAACCCAACAUACACCCAGGAAGCUAUGGAAGUGUGUACAACCUGGUGACCCAUGCAGACAAUCGUCCAGCACAGGACUUCCUGCACAGGACCUUAAUGGCCCUGUUUCUGUUGCGUUGUCUGCAGGAAGCACAUUUUUUUCCAGCCAGGACAGACAACAUAGAAUCACUGGGGCCUGAUGAGCUCUUCAUUGGUUCUCUACUUCUUCGUCAUCUGCAACUACUCCAGUUCAAUGCACAUGAGAUUUUUGAAACAUGCAUGGAGGCUCCAAAUAAAUUCCGAGGAUCCAAAAUCCUUUUUAUGGGUGUUGGAAUAUAUCCUACAGUUGCUAUGUUCAACCAUGACUGUCAUCCUGCACUUGCAAGGUAUUUCGUGGGCAAGAAUAUUGUACUGCAAGCGCUACGUCCAUUGGAAACUGGAGAGUGUGUGUCAGAAAACUAUGGACCAACCUUCACAAAGCGACCCUUGGCCUUCCGGCAGAAAACACUUGCUUCUCGUUACUGGUUCAAAUGCAGUUGUCAAGCAUGUACUGAAGACUGGCCAACCUAUGAUACCUUGAGCAGUGACAACUUCAGGCUGAGGUGUUCCACAAAGGGCUGCAAACAGCUAUGCAGGAAGGAGCAUCACAGAUGCCCUAAGUGCAAGAAGCAGGUUUCUCUGCAGGAUGGAGUAGUAAAAGAGUUGACAGAAAGGUUCUCCGAAGGGAUGGAAGCCAUGGAAGCUGGUGACGUGGACAGGGCAGUGCAACUGUUCUGCUCAUAUCUGGAUACCAUGUACUGUGUAGGAGCACCACCGUGCCGGGACAUGAGUCGGUGUCAGGAUGCUUUGCGGAUGUGCCUCUCAAACAGCGGGAACACGUGGACGGUCAGGAAGUGAUGAUGUACGAAGGGCAAGUUAAUCAAUCUGCAAGUUCAACACCAAACUAUAAAGACUGCAGUCAUUUGUCACAAGCAGUUUUAAAGUGAUGAUAAUAAAUUGUUCAAAACACUCUUAGUAACAGCAUGGAAUUAUAUAAAGAACAUAAUUAUUUGUUCAAAUAAAAUAUUAUAUUCGCCACCAUA